AUGGCAUCAAGCAACAACCUUCCUUUGAAGACCGAGGAUGUUCCUCUCCCCGAGAUAUUUGCCUCCAUCCCACGACACCCCCUCACUCUGGGCCCAUCCCCCAUUCAUGCUCUUCCAAACAUGACCGCUGCCCUGGGGGGCAAAGUCGGUAUCUAUGCUAAGCGGGAAGACCUCAACUCUGCCCUCGCAUUUGGUGGUAACAAGACUCGGAAACUCGAAUAUUUAGUCCCCGACGCCCUCUCCAAGAACUGCGACACUUUAGUCUCCAUUGGCGGAUACCAGUCGAAUCAUACCCGCCAGGUUGCUGCUGCUGCUGCCAAGGUGGGGUUGAAGUGUAAGCUUGUGCAAGAGAAAUGGGUGAAUCAUGAUGACGUUGGGUAUGAUAAGGUGGGAAAUAUCCAGCUGUCGAGGCUUAUGAGCGCAGAUGUGAGGCUCGAUCAGUCUGGGUUCGGCAUUGAACACAAGCAGACACUGAAAAGGUUGGAGGAGGAAGUCAUUGCUCAGGGCGGGAAACCCUAUUAUAUCCCUGCCGGCGCCUCAGACCAUCCUUUGGGCGGUCUCGGCUUUGCUCGAUGGGCCUUCGAGGUGCACGCUCAAGAACAACAACUCGAUCAGUUCUUCGACACGAUCAUCGUCUGUGCCGUCACAGGCUCCACGUUCGCAGGCAUGGUGGCCGGCUUCAAACUUCUUGAAAGCCUCCAUCCCCAGUCUGACGAGAAGAAGAGAAAGAUCAUCGGCAUCGACGCCAGCGCCAAACCAAAGGAGACAUUUGACCAAGUACUACGUAUUGCUCGACAAACAGCCCUCAAAAUCGGGCUUAGCGAAGCCGACAUCAACGAGAGCGACAUCAUUCUCGAUACGCGGUACCAUGCGGGCACUUACGGGUUAGCCGACGAAGCAACGCUUGAAGCGAUACGGUUUGGAGCCAGGACAGAAGCGUUCAUUACCGAUCCAGUGUAUGAGGGCAAGAGUCUCGCGGGGAUGAUCGACAUGAUUAGGAAAGGGGAGAUUGCAGAAGGAAGUACAGUGCUAUAUGCCCACUUGGGCGGACAGAUGGCGCUGAGUGCGUAUUCAGAGAUUCAGUGA